AAAGCAGUGAGGUUGAUCACGUGAACUUGAKCACCGCAGCUUCCUUUGAUUCUUCGUCCAAAACCAGAAGUUUUGCAGAAAAGAAGAAGGCUCUGAAGUUUGAUAAGAAAUGGAUGGGCCACCAUUGUUCAGUGAUCAAAACCGUAAAAUCCUGGAGGAUUGUUACAAUGGCAUAGUCCAGCCAGGUGCUGCGCCUCCAUCAGUAGCCACACUGAGACUGCACAUUAAUGGUGUACAAUUUGAUGUGAAUAAUCCAGACCCUCACACUAGCCUCAAUGAAUUCAUACGUAAUCAGCAAGGCUUUAAGGGCACUAAGGUGAUGUGCAAUGAAGGUGGRUGUGGCUGCUGUGUUGUUGCRYUGACAAGAAUUGAUCCAUUAACAGGAAGAGAAAUCACUCUAUCAGUCAACUCUUGCCUUUUUCCUCUGUAUGCUGCCAAUGGAUGUGAAGUUACAACUGCUGAAGGCAUUGGAAACCGUAAGAAUGGUUUUCAUACAAUCCAGAAAAGAGUUGCAGAGCACAAUGGCAGCCAGUGUGGUUUUUGUACUCCAGGCAUGGUGAUGACUAUGUACAGUCUCCUCAAAGAAAACCCCAAACCUACCAAACAGCAGAUUGAAGACAGUUUUGAUGGCAACAUUUGUCGCUGUACAGGUUAUCGUCCUAUUCUUGACGCUAUGAAAACUUUUGCUGCUGAUGCUCAACCAAUAGACAUUGAGGAGUUGAGCAAAUGUGUCGGCAAGUGUGAGGACUGCAAGUGCAAACGACAAAGAACGGUACCAGAAAACACAUCWGGUGUUGAAUGGUACGCACCAACAUCGCUUGCCCAACUGUAUGCCAUCCUGGAAAAACACAGGGAGAACAACGUUAAACUCAUUGCUGGAAACACUGGGAAAGGUGUUUACAAGGAWGAAGGUCCAUUCCAAGCSAUGGUUGACAUCAAUGCUGUACAGGAAUURCAUUGCUCAACGGAAGUCAGCAGUCAUCUUCUUGUGGGUAGUAGUGUAUCCCUAAACUCAUUCAUCAAUCUUUGUGAGUCAAAAUCCAGUAAAUCYUCAUCGUUUGGUGCCUUUGCAAGACAUCUCAGAGUGGUUGCCAACACUCAUGUGAGGAAUGUCGGUUCUCUUGGUGGCAAUCUCAUGCUUGCACAUGCGCACAAGGACUUCCCAUCAGACUUAAUGACAAUCUUUGAAGCUACUGGGGCAUCGUUGUUAAUUGGUGGACCAUUGUURACUCAGGUUUCAUUGAAAGAAUUCAAGAAUACUGACAUGAAAGGAAAGGUGAUAGUGGCCAUUGCAUUGCCAUUCCUCCCAGAGAACGUCUUUGUCAAUUCGUUCAAAAUCACGCCAAGAUCUCAGAAUGCCCAUGCAUACGUUAACGCAGGAUUUGCCAUUCCAGUCGAUAGGGAGACCAUGACUGUCUCUUCACAACCGCGGAUGGUUUAUGGCGGCAUUACUUACAACUUUUUCCAUGCUGAAAACACGGAAAAAUUUCUGGUUGGAAAAAAACUGACAGAUCCAAACACACUCAMAGAGGCUCUUGAGAUUCUUGAUAAGGAGGUCGUUCCUGAACCUAAGUUCAUUGCACAUAAUGGAAGCACUGUGGCAUACCACAAGGAUCUAGCCUUGACCCUCUUUUAUAAGGCCUAYAUCGGAGCACUUGGUGAUCAUGCACCUGAUAGGCUGAAGUCUGCAGCAAGGUCGAUUCUCCAAGAAAGAGCUGUUUCAAGCGGUAUUCAGAACUAUGAGUCCAAGCCCGAUAGGUACCCAAUCAGCAAUCCAAUGACAAAGAUUGCUGCUAAACUCCAGGCCGCUGGAGAAGCUCAGUAUGUCAAUGACAUCCCGUCCAGUGAGGGGGAGGUGUAUGGAGCUUUUGUUAUCAGCACUAAGGGUAAUUGUAAGCUUGAUAAGGUGGAUCCAUCAGAGGCACUGGCAAUCCCUGGCGUGAUAAGUUACUUUGAUGCCAAUGACAUCCCAAAGGAUGGAGUCAAUGAAAUCAAAUUUUUCAAUUUGCCUGGACCCUCAGAGGGAGUGUUCUGUAAAGGCGAAGUCUUGUAUGUCGGCCAUGUAAUUGGUAUGGUAGUUGCUGACACUCAAAAACUUGCUGACCACGCUGCUAAGGUGGUAAAAGUAACAUACAAAGACUGCAAGCCUCUUAUUUUGACAUUUGAGCAGGCAAUCGAAGCCAAGUCAUAUUCUCCUCCAUUGACCCCUCCAUGGUCGUUCUUAAUGUCUGACAUCAAUGUUGGUGAUGCAGAAGAGUCGAUGAAGUCAGCAAAGCACGUGAUCACUGGAAAGGUUGAGUGUGGUGCUCAGCAUCAUUUCCAUAUGGAAACACAGGUUUGUCUCAGUGAACCAAAGGAAGACGGAAUCACUGUCUACAGCGCUACUCAAGGAAUAUCCUUUGUCCAGAAAGGCAUUAGUGAAUUUUUAGCCGUAAAAGCGACCAGUGUGGAUGUGAUUGUCCAGAGAUUAGGUGGUGCUUUUGGCGGGAAGGGAUUACGAUCGCUUCAAGUAGCUUGUGCAUGUGCAUUGGCCGCUAAGAUACUAGACCGACCUGUGAAGAUGAAAGUGAACUUUAAUACCAUGAUGGCUAACCAAGGUGGAAGGUCACCACACAUGGCGAAAUACAAGGUUGCCGUGAACGACAAAGGAAUCUUACAGGGUGUGGAGAUGGAYUACUACGUUGACACUGGGUGUACAGGCGAAGAUAACGAUCUCUUGGCCACCACAGGACAUAUUGAUAAUUUGUACUACUGUCCAAACUGGAAAGUUAACUUUCACACCUUGCUGACCAGCAAAGCCAGUACAACAUUCUGCAGGGCACCAGGAUGUGUGCAAGGUGUUUUUAUAAUGGAAUCUAUUAUGGAGCACGUUGCUAAGGCACUCAACAAAACACCAGAAGAGAUUAGAGAAAAGAACUUGUACGAGGAAGGUCAGAAAACCCCAAGUGGUCACCCGAUUCCMUACUGCAGCAUCCGAAAACUGUGGAAAGACAUCACCAAGACAUCAGAAGUGAAAAAGAGGCAGAAGGAAAUUACAGAGUUUAACAAGGCAAAUCGUUGGAGGAAACGUGGAUUGGUUCUUGUUCCUGGUAAAUUCAACAUCGAGGCAUCUUUCACCCAAUACACCGURUUCGUGUCGAUCUUCAGUGCCGAUGGAACUGUUGCCAUCCAACAUGGYGGCGUAGAGAUGGGACAAGGAAUCAAUGUCAAGGUGGCUCAAGCUGCUGCCUAUGUACUAGGCGUUCCCAUGGAGAUGAUAAUCGUUAAACCAAAUCAUACCGUGUUCUCUCCUAACUCUUCGCCCACUGGAGGUAGUGUUGGAAGCGAAACCUGUGUCAAAGGUGUUAUGGAGUGCUGCAAGAUGCUGAACGAGCGUAUCAAACCAGUSCGUGAAGCUAAUCCAGGCGUUCCCUGGAAACAGCUGAUAAUGAUGUGUGGUUUCCAGAAAGUCGAUCUGUCAGCCAAAUACCAUGCUCGUGGUGCGCCUAAGGAGGAAGACUAUGUGGCCUAUGGAGUGACGUGCACCGAGGCUGAAGUAGACAUCUUGACCGGCGAGCGUCUCAUCUUGAGGUCUGACAUAUUGUUUGACUGCGGAGAAAGUUUGAAUCCUGAGGUMGACGUUGGRCAAGUUGAAGGAGCCUUUAUAUUUGGCAUGGGUUAUUGGAUGUCCGAGAAAGUCUACUACGAUGAAGAGACUGGUGAAGAGCUGUCUACCGGGACCUGGACCUACAAACCCCCAACAACCAAAGACAUUCCUGUAGAUCUGAGGGUUACAUUUCUCAAAGAUGCACCAAACCCUCUUGGUGUCUUAGGAUCCAAAGCUUCUGGAGAACCACCAUCUACCAUGUCAUGCGCAUGUCUGUUUGCUAUCAAACGUGCAGUGGAAGAGGCCAGGAAGGAAUCUGGAAAUGAUGUCUACUUCACUCUAAACGGUCCAGCAACAGUUGAGAUGACMCAGCAGAGUGCUUUGAUACAACGUGAACAGUUGUCUCUUGAUCCARGUGUCAAAAAAGGCCAAUGUUUCCUGAGUAAAAAAUAAACAAACUAUUCACAGGCUAAACACGUAAUUAAAUUACGUKCACUGUGUACUCCUAUGAGUGUAAUCAUCAUCUCUUGAUUAUUGUAGAGUAUUUCAUAGCUAACCUAAGACAAAACGAACAGUACAGUUUUAUCAACGACGAAAACAUAAAAUGUCUGAUAAAAUAUUGGUUGAAAAUAUUGUAGUAUAGUUGCAAGUAUAGAUAAGAACAACAAAGUUCUUUGCAUUUAAUUGAAGUUAGUAUUGUAUGACAUAUACAAAAAUAAAGUUUUUUUAAAACACUUAA